AUGGAGGACAACCUUCUGCUGCGAGCGCUAGAAGUAUUGAAGAGGGCGUGCAAGGACCUCCAGGGCAUGGCGGCCGGCGGCCAAGAGGAGGAAGACCACGACGGCGGCUCAGAUCUAGAGGAGCAGGGGCGCCGGGGGGAAAAGAAGACGGCUCUGCAGCAGUCGCCCUCCUUGAUGGCGCUACUGGUUCUGCAGACGGAGACGCAGGCCGGCGGGAUUCUCUCCAGCGAUCCCGCCCUCUCCACACUCUGCUCCCUCCUCUCCCGCCUCAAGGAAGUCUGCUUCUCCUCCGGCGAGAGCACCAGCAGCGAGGCCGGCGGCGGAUUGAUGGUGACCAUCGGGGCCGGACUGGGAGGACUUCUCUCCGCGCUACUCCAGACGAGGAACCGGCGGUGGCAGCGGCGACGGCGGCGGAGGAGCAGUCGCAGAUCCAAGUCUGGCGAGAUCUCCCGCGUCGCAGAGUCCAUCGAAUCGGAAAUCCAGUUGUGGAUCGACCGGGAGAGCCUUGGCCGCCUCGUCUCCUCCCUCCGCUCCAUCGGCGCCUCUCCUUCGUCUCUCUCGAGCAAGGACGAGGAGGACGCCCUCAUGAACCUCCUGAAAGCCUUCGAGGAGCGACUCGUACGGGGAUUCGACCGCAAGUUCCAGGACCUCGUGCUGCGCUCCGGCGCGUUCCCCGCCGUCGCCGCCGUGCUCGCCGUCGCCGCCAUACCGCUGCGGAUCCGGGAGCGCUGCGCCGCCGCGGUGUCGGCCAUGGUCAGGUUCAACCGCGACGUCUUCGUCGGCCACGUACUGAUGGGCGGCGGCGGCGCCGCCGGCGACCUCUCGUCGUCCUCCGUCCACCGGUCCCUGGCUACGAUGGGAACCCCGCAGUCGAUGCGCGUGCUUCUCUUCCUCGUCGCCGCAAUCAAGACCGCCAUCGUCGACGAGAUCCACGCCGAUGGCCAGAUCCCCUGCCUUGUCGGCUUCCUCUCCUCGCCGGAACUCGACAUGGCAGAGGCCGCGCUGGAGCUCCUGCUGAAGGUUUCCUACUACGCGAGGAAGGAGGCCGUGGACGCCAUGAUAGCCGCCAACGUGGUCAAGAGGCUGGUAGUGCUCCAGCAGUCCCCACACGGCGGCGCCCUCAUCGAGAUGGACGACGAGGGAUCCACCGCCGCUGCCGGGGGCGGAGCGCCGCCGCUCCGACGGCGGCCCUUCGCCAGCUGCGUGGCCAGGCUGGCCAUCCAGAUGGAGGUCGGUGAGGGGAUGAGGCACCGGGAGAAGACCGCCGCCAAGCGGGAGAUCCUCGAUCGUGUGAGGGAGGCCGCCGCCUCUGAAGCCGACGCCGCCACCAUCAUCGCCGAAGUCCUCUGGGGUGCCUCCGCCUGA